UAUGAGGCAUCUUUUUACAAAACUAACUCCACAGCUAAUACUUUUAGAGCCGGAGACAAUAACGGUCCCAAUGGAGGAAUUGAACCAGGCUAGCUGUACCUCUUAUCAAAUUCAUCGCAAUUCUUCCAUAGGUGUGAAUUAGUACAGCCCUCGUCGCGUGAUAACGAGAAACAAAGAACUAAGAGCUAAGAAGAGUGAGAAAGGAGACAUCGAAAUUGAAAUAGGCUUCCGUGAAAGCCUUAGAAUGAAGAAACUUAGAGGUAAGAAGAGAAAGAGAAGACGCCCUCAGCUCUGCACUUCUUUCCUCCCUCAGUCACCAACUUUGAAUUUUUUUUUUUAGGUUUUUUUUUUGUAACCUCAGGUUCCUACCGUUCACUUACAACGACAACAUCUAUUAAUAUCUACCUGGCGCAACGCGAAUGUUGUUAGAGGUUGAUCCGUAGAGUUAUUUGGAAGAAUUCGAUUGAAUUGUUUGAGGAAAUGAAUAAACUAAAAGUUUUGUGUUGACAAUUUUAUCAUCCAAUUGGCUGUAACCAUGUGGAGUUAGUUAAUAAAGAGCUCACUUUAAUUUUCGAUUAAUACAUGACAAGCAAUAUCAAUUCUAACACCACGGAUGGAGAUAAGGAGUUUGUUCUCUCUAAAUUGUACAUAUGGUUUUAUUUUCGAAACAUCAAAAAUAAAAUUAUAGAAUCAACAAAAACUAUGAUGCCGACAAAAGUAUGUGUAUAAAUUAAGAGGCUGCUAACACUACCAGCUAGUUCCGCCCCAAUAAACUUAUCCAAAAUGGCAGCAAUGUUUCUUUUCUUCAUCUUGUUACUACUUUUUCCUUUGGUUUUCAUUUUGCUGCUCGGGCAAAACCAAAACAAGAACUCCAAAAAUAAGAUUUAUCGUAGCCCGCCCGGCCCUCCUAGGCUGCCCUUGAUCGGGAAUUUGCACCAAUUUGCCAACGCGAAACCUAACCGCCAUGAAUACCUGAGGAACCUCGCUAACGAGUACGGUCCAGGCCUCAUUUCAUUGAAGCUAGGAACCGUGCCGGUUGUCGUGAUUUCAUCCGCGAAAACCGCGAAAGAAGCCCUCAAAACCCACGACCUAGCAUUUUCCGGAAGGAAGGCGCUAGUUGGAUCUCAUAAAUACAGUUACAAUGGUUUGGAUGUUGCAUUCUCCCAAUAUGGUGAUUAUUGGAGGGAGAUGAAAAAGGUUAGUGUUCUUCAUCUCUUCACUCAAAAGAGAGUCCGGUCAUUUCGACCGAUUCUCGAAGACGAAGUAUCAAUUUUAAUCGAGGAAAUCUCGGAUCUUUCUUCAAAUGAUCAAGUUAUCAACUUGAGUUCAAUGGUGAUGAACCUUGCGAGCACUUUAAUAUGUCGAAUCGGGUUCAGUAUGAAGUAUGAAAAAGGAGAGCAUCAAAGGAGAAGGUUUGAUCGGAUGUUACUAGAAUUACAGGCAAUGUCUGGUGGCUUUUUUUACUCCGAUUAUCUACCUUUACUAGGUUGGAUUGACAAGCUCAAUGGGAUGUUUGCUCGUCUUAACAAGAAUUUCAAGGAAUUGGAUUUGUUCUACCAAGAACUCAUAGACGAACAUCAGAGUCUAAAAAGGCCGGAUACCAUUAGAAAUGAUUUUCUUGAUCUCUUGUUACAGAUCAAACAAGAAAAAUUAGCUCCCUUCGAUGUUACUUGGGAUCACAUCAAGGCAAUGCUCAAGAAUAUAUUUGUUGCUGGAACGGAUACAAGUGCAUCGUUGAUUGAAUGGGCUAUGACGGCAUUGAUGAAAAACCCAUCAGCUAUGAAGAGGGUGCAAGCUGAAAUAAGAGACUUAGUUUGGAAAAAAGGAAGUCUGUUAACUGGGGAGGAAAUACUCCUCCAAGAACUUCCUUAUCUAGAUGCAGUAAUCAAAGAAACAUUCAGAUUGUAUCCUCCAACUCCACUCCUUUUACCAAGAGAAACUAUACAAAGUUGCACGGUCGAGGGAUACGAUAUUGAACCCAAAACCAUGGUUUUCAUUAAUGCAUGGGCUAUAGGAAGAGACCCUGAAUGUUGGCAAAAUCCGGAAGAGUUCGAUCCUGAGAGAUUCUUGAUCAAUAGUAACAUUGAUGUUAAAGGAAAUAAUUUUGAACUGAUUCCAUUCGGAACUGGAAGAAGAAUUUGUCCUGCAAUCUCUUUAGGAUUAUCAACCAUUAAAGUUACACUUGCCAAUCUUCUUUACUCUUUCGAUUGGGAACUGCCUUCAGGGAUGAAAUUAGAGGAAAUUGAUACUACUGGAUUACCGGGUAUAUCAAGCCAUAAGAAACUUCCGCUUUGCCUCUUGGCGAAGAAAUAUAAUUAAGUUUUUAUUGGUAAUCAUUCCUCUUGUGAUUUGAGAUGUAACCAAUUCGGCUUCUACUGCUCCAAACAAGACACAAACUAUGAUUGUGUUUUACACAUGAAUACCACUGUUCUAUGUAUGUUAGUGUUUAAGAAUGAUUUAAAUGAAAUAUUUGUAUCCAUAUAUUGAAAAAGACUCAUAAAAUUCUAUAUUAUUAUGUUUGUAAAUGAAUAGAUGACAUAUUUC